AAUCUAAAAGGUCAAGUAAAGCAGCAGCUCACGUUUUCUGAAGCCUGUGCGCUUGGAAAGCAGAAGCAGACAAAGCCCCAGCUAGAGGAGGCAGAGACACGCUGCGAGUCAUUUCGAGUUGGUUUUCCUGAAAUAAUUUUGGAGUCAUGCCUGAAAUGCCGGAGGACAUGGAACAGGAGGAAGUUAACAUUCCCAGUAGGCGGGUUCUGAUUACUGGUGCCACUGGGCUUCUUGGCAGAGCUGUAUACAAAGAAUUUCAGCACAAUAAUUGGCAUGCUGUUGGCUGUGGUUUUAGAAGAGCAAGACCAAAAUUUGAACAGGUUAAUUUAUUGGAUUCUGAUGCAGUUCAUCAGAUCAUUCAUGAUUUUCAGCCCCAUGUCAUAGUGCAUUGUGCAGCAGAGAGAAGGCCAGAUGUUGUAGAAAGUCAGCCAGAUGCUGCUUCUCAACUUAAUGUGGAUGCUUCUGGGAACUUAGCAAAGGAAGCAGCUGCAAUUGGAGCAUUUUUAAUCUACAUUAGCUCAGAUUAUGUAUUUGAUGGUACAGAUCCACCUUAUAGAGAGGAAGACAUUGCAAAUCCCCUAAAUUUAUAUGGAAAAACAAAAUUAGAAGGCGAAAAGGCUGUCCUGGAGAAUAAUUUGGGAGCUGCUGUUUUGAGAAUUCCUGUUCUGUAUGGAGAAGUCGAAAAACUUGAAGAAAGUGCUGUGACUAUUAUGUUUGAUAAAGUGCAGUUCAGCAACAAGUCAGCAAACAUGGACCAUUGGCAGCAGAGAUUUCCUACUCAUGUCAAGGAUGUAGCCUGUGUGUGUCGUCAGUUAGCAGAGAAGCGAAUGCUGGAUCCAUCAAUUAAAGGAACCUUUCACUGGUCAGGCAACGAGCAGAUGACUAAGUAUGAAAUGGCAUGUGCAAUUGCAGAUGUUUUCAAUCUCCCCAGCAGCCACUUGAGACCUAUCACUGACAGUCCAGUCUUAGGAGCCCAGCGUCCAAGAAAUGCUCAGCUUGACUGCUCCAGAUUAGAGACCUUGGGCAUUGGCCAGCGAACACCAUUUCGAAUUGGAAUCAAAGAAUCACUCUGGCCUUUCCUCAUUGACAAGCGAUGGAGACAAACUGUCUUCCAUUAGUUUAUGUGUGUGUGUAUGUGUUUUUUUUAAUGAAAAGUAUAGUAUGUGGCACUUUUUAACCAAAAAAAGGAAUAGUUUUGUAUGCGUGCUUUAAUUGUGACACUUAACGAUCUUUCAGGUAAAUGAUGCUCUUGCACUAGUGGCAUUAUCUAAAGAAACUAAGGAGCAAUGAUGCCUUGUUUGAAGUAAUUUUUCUGUUUAACAUUUUAUUUGUUCUGACUUAACGUGCUGUUUGAGUAAAAUAAUUUACGAUUCUUAAAUACUUGAGAGCCAAAAUGAAAUGGUUCUGCUGUAGACUUUU